GGGUUGCGGAUGGAGAGGUUAGGGUAUGCCUUUUCUCUGCCAAAUUUCACAAAGGUGUAGUUACUUCUGACCUGCGAGUCAUUCGACACUCAGACACACUCAAAAGUUCUCUUUUGACUACUGAGGAUGUUGGAAAGUUUUGGUGCCGCAACUGUCGCACAAGACAGCCACAAGAACCACCCAAACCAAAUAAUCCACCCCCGAGAAGUUCGAGGUUAUCAGGUUCAUCUUCUGGCAACAGUGCCCAGAGCAGCACAAAACAAAAUACAGAAGGUAACCACAGAUGUAUUUAUAUUAUUUUUUUUUUGUUUUUGAAUACAUGUUUUUCAUUGACUUACAAAAUGAAUCAUGUAAUGUGUUUCAGGGGGUGAAAUUAAGACUUGUAUGUUUUCGUAUACAAGGCACAAGUCUACAGUGACCAAAGAUUUACGCACUAUUACCGAGCUGGACUUUGAGAAAGAUCCAACUCUUGUUG